AUGGCAGAACUCCCAGCUGAGGCGGAAGACGGUAGUGGGCCAGAUGAAUACUAUGUCGAGCCUCUUGCCACGGGGCGAGAGCGACGGUCGACGGCUGGCCGUCUAAUGAACACGCUUCUCGACGCCGAAGCUGACGAUGAACUGGCGCGUAUAUUUGCAGAAGAAGAAGAUGACGAGGAGUUUGAAUCCGGGGAUGGCGAGGAAGAAGGCGGAGAAGAAGCCGCAGCAGACGACAUGGAGCUCGACUCUUCCUCUUCAGACGAAGGAGACGAAGGCGGCCCGGCAGACGCUGGUAACGAUGAGCUUGAAGGAGAAAAAGAGCUACAGAGACAGGAAAAGGCGGAGCGGGCAAAGAAACGGACGGCGCAGCAGGAAGGAUUCCGGAUACCGGCCCAGCGCAAGAAAAAGACUAUGCAGAACAGAGUCCAAACCCAUGCACGGCUCAAACGCAGUGAACAGAAGCGGGUUCAGUUGAUUGCUACGAUGGAGGAGACAGCCAAGCGCAAGGAGAAGGCCAGACCGAAACAAAUGACCCAGGCGGACCGUCUCGCUGAAGCCGAAAAGACCGAGAGACUGAACUUUGGCAGUCUGACCCGCUGGGAGGAGAUGGAGGAGAAGCGAGGCGAAGAGCGGCGGUUGAAGAUGGAAGCACUGCACAAUCGGCGACUGGAAGGGCCUGUUAUCACAUUCUGGAGUGGAAUCGCUAAAUGGAUUAAUGAGAAACUGGCAAUGGCCGGUAUCAAGACUUUUCGACAGGCUGCUGAUACUGAGAGCGGCCGUAAAAAGAAGGGCCGUGCCAGUGAAACCGGCCGUGAGGGACAACCUACAGCGCCGGGUGCGAACAAGGCGACAGAGGAGCCCAAAACUGCCAUUGACCCAGUACCCGCACAGCCUACGGAUGGCCAACCCGCCCCAAAAGAACCUAGUUCGUUUCUGGAUGGCAUACAUUUAUACGCCUCGAUGGAGGAGGCUUCGACGUGUCCAGACGCCGAAAUGGCUAAUGCAGCCACAACUUCUAUACCUAAACCUGACGCGCCUAUAACAGAAACGAUUGCGCUGCCAAACGAGGAGACCCAUGAGAAUGAAAGCACGCAAUCGGCUGUGAACCCUGGGGAGAAGGAAAAAAAUGAGCACGAGAGAGACCAAGGUCAGGCUACCGACAAGCCUUUGGAAGAAGAAGUCGUGCCCAUGCCUCAGGAGCAAGAGUUGAACGCAGAGGAGAAGCCGGACAAGGACAAACCGGUUCUUGAACGAUCAUCCCGGACAUGCAUUGUUCUCGACAACUUCGACGCAUCUACCGCUCCAGAACGAAGUGACGUUGGCGUCCUCUACAAUCCGAAAAAGCCUGUCAAGCUUCCCAAAACCCAGGCCGAGUUUUGUCCUAUCACUUCCCAUACCGCCCGCUACCGUGACCCAACGACCGGCCUCCCUUACUCGAACUCUCUAGCCUACCGCGAAAUUCGUCAAGUGCUCGCACAUCGGUACGCAUGGAGCGGGACGUUUGGGUGCUUCGUUGGGCCGAUAGGGGUCGGCGCCAGAGGAGUGCCGGAGAGGUUUCUCGCGCCUAAUGCCGCUCCCCCACAGCAGCUGUUCGAGCCCGGAGACGGCGAUGGCAAGCCAACUACGGCGGCUGGGGACAAAUCCACUGCUCAAUGA